GGGGCGAAGGAGACCCAGACAUCCUUUGAGGAGGCACAGACAGCAGAGUGGCCUGGAGCAGCAUGGAGCAGAGCUGGGGACCAGGGCUACUCAUCAUAGGCCUGGUGGUCUUCAUAGAGGGUGUUCAAGCAGCUCAGCAUGCUUGUGGGCAGCGUGGCCCUGGCCCCCCUGAGCCCCAAGAAGGCAUCACGGUGCCUGGUGAGUGGCCAUGGCAGGCCAGUGUGAGGAGGCAGGGGGUCCACAUCUGUAGCGGCUCCCUGGUGGCAGACACCUGGGUCCUCACUGCUGCCCACUGCUUUGAAAAGGCGGCGAUGACAGAACUGAAAUCCUGGUCAGUUGUCCUGGGUUCGCUGCAGCGUGAAGGGCUGAGUCCAGGAGCUGAGGAGGUGGGGGUGACAGCUCUGCAGCUGCCCAGGGCCUACAAUCACUAUAGCCAGGGCUCAGACUUGGCCCUGCUACGGCUGGCCCGCCCUGCAGCGCACAUGCCCCUCUGCUUGCCCCAACCCGCCCAUCACUUCCCCUUUGGGACUGCUUGCUGGGCCACUGGCUGGGGUCAGGACACCAAUGAUGCUCCCGGGACCCUUCGGAACCUGCGCCUUCAUCUAAUCAGCCGCCCCACGUGUAACUGUCUCUACAAUCGGCUGCACCAGCGGCUGCUGGCCAGCCCAGCUCGGCCUGGGAUGCUGUGUGGGGGUGCCCAGCCGGGGGUGCAGGGGCCCUGUCAGGGAGACUCCGGAGGCCCAGUGCUGUGCCGAGAGCCCAGUGGACACUGGGUUCAAGCUGGAAUCAUCAGCUUUGCAUCGAGCUGUGCCCAGGAAGACACUCCGGUGCUGCUGACUGACACAGCUGCUCACAGCUCCUGGCUGCAGGCUCGAGCUGAGGGGGCAGCUUUCCUGGCCCAGAACCCAAAGACCCAGGAGAUCAGUGAUGAGGACAGCUGUGUAGCCUGCGGAUCUCUGAAGGGAGGGGGUCCCCAGACCGGAGUCCCCUCCCCAUGGCCCUGGGAUGCCAGGCUGAAAUAUCAGGGAAAGCUGGCCUGUGGCGGAGUCCUGGUGUCAGAGGAGGUAGUGCUGACUGCGGCCCACUGCUUCAUCGGGCGCCAGACGCCAGAGGAAUGGAGUGUAGGGCUAGGGGCCGGAGCAGAGGAGCGAAGCCUGAAGCAACUCAUCCUCCAUGGAGCUUACACUCACCCAGAGGGGGGCUACGACAUGGCCCUCCUGCUCCUGGCCCAGCCCGUGACACUGGGCCCCAACUUAAGACCCCUUUGCCUGCCCUACGCUGACCACCAGCUGCCUGAUGGGGAACGUGGCUGGGUCCUGGGGCUGGUCCGCCAAGGAGCAGGCACUAGGUCCCCGCAGACAGUGCCUGUGACCCUCUUGGGGCCCAAGGCCUGCAGCAGGCUUCACACAGGCCUUGGGAACAGCAGCAUCCCCAUUCUGCCAGGGAUGGUGUGUACCAGUGUCGUGGGUGAGCCUCCCCACUGUGAGGGUCUGUCUGGGGCACCACUGGUGCACGAGGUGAGAGGCACGUGGUUCCUGGCUGGGCUACACAGCUUCGGAGAUGCCUGCCAGGGCCCAGGCCGGCCUGCAGUCUUCACGGCACUCGCCCCCUAUGAGAGCUGGAUCAGCAGUCUGGAUUGGCAGGUCUACUUCUCUGAGGAGCCGGAGCCGGAGCCGGAGGCAGAGGCCGAGAUGGGAAGCUGCCCUGCCAACACGAGUAUGUGGCCCUGGACCCCCUGUCAGUACUUCCAGGUCCUUCUCUCAUGCUAG